UUGCGGUGGUUAUUGGACCCGGGGUUGGUUUUACGGGUCAGUAUUUCUUCUGCAUCAAGCGUACUGAUUCUUGGAGUAGACUGCAUCAUAUCUCUCUAUCUCAGAUUCAGAAAAGUUGGUUUAGAUAUUAGAUCUCGUUUACAGGAUCAAUGGCUGUGGUAUCAGUAAAUCAAGUCGCUCAAUGCAUCACCUGCCAUGCUUGGAGUCCUGACAACUCCAUGAUUGCCCUAUGUCCGAACAACAGUGAAGUUCACAUCUAUAGAUUAUUAGAAGAGAAGUGGGAGAAGGUCCAUGUUCUUCAAAAGCAUGACCAAAUUGUUUCAGGGAUAGACUGGAGUACAAAAUCCAACAAAAUAGUUACUGUUUCACAUGAUCGUAAUUCAUAUGUCUGGAACCUUGAAGCAACAGAGUGGGUUGCGACACUAGUUAUCCUCAGGCUAAAUCGUGCUGCUCUAUGUGUGCAGUGGAGUCCCAAAGAAAAUAAGUUUGCUGUUGGAAGUGGAGCUAAAACUGUUUGCGUAUGCUACUAUGAGCAAGAGAAUAACUGGUGGGUCAGCAAACUUGUCAGGAAAAGACAUGAUUCUUCUGUAACUAAUGUUGCCUGGCAUCCCAAUAAUAUUCUCCUUGCUACAACUUCCACUGAUGGGAAAUGCAGAGUAUUUUCUACUUUCAUUAAAGGCGUUGAUGCAAAGCAAUCAGGAGCAGGGUCUUCUUCAGAUUCAAAAUUUGGAGAGCAAAUCAUUCAGCUUGAUCUCUCAUUUUGCUGGUCCUUUGGUGUUAAAUGGUCCCCAAGUGGCAAUACUUUAGCUUAUGUAGGGCAUAAUUCAAUGAUUUACUUUGUUGAUGAAAUUGGUCCCUCUCCUUCUGCACAAACUGUAGCAUUCCGUGAUUUGCCGCUUCGCGAUGUGCUGUUUGUUUCAGAGCGAAUGGUCAUUGGAGUUGGAUUUGAUUGUAAUCCAAUGAUUUUUGUGGCAGAUGAAAGAGGAUUAUGGAGUUUCUUGAGGUUCCUAGAUGAAAGGAAAACAGUAUCUUCAAGCCCAAAGUCUCAGUUUUCAGAAGCAUUUGGGAUAUUUUACAGCCAAUCAAAAUAUGGAGCAAAUAACAACUCAGUUGAGCAAUCACGAACCACCCAUGAAAACUGCAUCAAUUGCAUUUUACCACUUAGGAAAACUGGGGGACAUAAGAAAUCUUCGAAGUCUGUGGUAACCCGUUUCAGCACUUCAGGACUGGACGGUAAAGUAGUUACGUGGGAUUUGGGGAAACAAGAAGAUUUGUCUGAGUACCUAUGAAAGUCACCGAAAGCAUUCCAUGCCCGCCUUCUGUACAAUUUUUAAUACAAAUUCUUAGGCAUAGGUGAAUUAGAAUGUCAUCUUCAUCUACCAGAAAUAAAAAUGUAUUGAUUUUGAAAUAGUUUAAGUGUGUAUGUGCUGUAAUGGUUUGAAAGAAGAAUUUGCAACUCAUAAUGUCAGGCUCUCACCACAGUUUCGUGAUGCUUUUAUGAUGUACGUUGAUGAACGGCACCUGUCAGCAUAUUGGGUUUCCUUUUCCAUUCUGUACCAAGUGAAAAAAAGUUUGUAGUGAUAAUUGUAUGAUUACGAAUUAUUUAUUUUGUUUCAUUUGUUGUCGCUCAA